UGGUCGAUAAUUUCCAUUUGUAGGACUGCCACAGAAUAUGUUAUAUCCUUAAAAGCUAAGCAUUAUGAGCUUUGCAUGGGGAAAAAGUGAAGGGAUAAAGUUAAGAAAACAUUUUAAUGGUAGCACAAAGCCAGAUGUUCAAUUUUAUUUUAUUUUUGUAUUUGGGUAGUGGGGGAAAGAUCAAUGGCUGACUCAUUAUAAUCAUUGUCCAUUAAGUUGCAUUUAUAUGUCAACACAAAAAAACCUUCUCUUAGGAAUUAUUACAGCAGAAAGAUUAACCUGCUUUCUUAAUGGCGAUUUAUAUUGAUAUUAUGUCAUGCUCUGGUACCAUUGUUCCCCAGAUUAGAAAAAGAGAACACUAUACAGGAUCAUCCUGAGGGUUGGAUGUGCUAAUUUCUGUGCAUAGAUCCAAACUGAGAAUUAACCACUGUAGAAGUAUAAUACAUGCCACCAAAGUGAGGAAGACUGUAAUCAGAUGCCUGCUCAGUCUGCUGUCCAAGUGCUAGCAGCUGAUGGACAACUUCAAAGUCCCCUCUCUCCCUUCUUAUGGUUCUAUAUCUUUAAAUAGCCCUUCAAACAGAGCGCAUGUGUUCAUCCUAGCUGAGGGAUACAUUAACAUUCUAGCACUGGAUGCACUAAAGAAAGCAAACCAAUUUGGAUACCUCGAAGCAAUUGAGACAGGCACAGUGUUUUGUAGACUGGAAGGUUCUAUAAGCUUUUGAUGGUCAUUUCUGUUUAGGAAGUGUAACGUCUAACCACAUGGCUCAUAGACUCCAUUACAACAGGGUGCUGGACUAAAUGCCUUUGGUCUAAUCCAGAAGGGUUCUUAAAUAAAAUUUCAAGCUCUGUCUUCAAAACCAAAUAAUACUCUUGGUGAACAAGGAAGUUGUACAGUUGAACUGCAUCAGCAGAUGCAGCUGAAAACAUGAAACUGUCGAGUCAGGUCAUUGGCCCUUCUGACCCAGUACUGUUUCUUCUGACCUGUAGCGGCUCUCCAAAAUCUCAUUAAGAGGGUAUUUCUCAGCCCUGCUGCCAGCCCAUGCUGGAGAUGCCAAGAACUGCACUGAGGACCUUGUACGUUCAGUGUGUUCUCUAUAACUGAGCUUUGGCUCCUUCUAAGUUCUGAUUUGUACGAGUCAGAGGAUGGUACUGGCUGCAAACGUUGGGAUUUACUGAAUAAAUGAAAACUUGUAAAAAUGCUUUGGUUAAAGUACAUCAUAACUGAAAGCAGCAGCUUCCUCCCCAAAAUCUCUCAUAAAUUUAUUACCACUUAAUCAGGAAAACUGUAAUUUGUCCUCAGAUGUGGACUAUAAUUACCAUUUCCACACACAUUUCACCACGUGUGUGUGUGUGUGUUUGCAUGGGUGUAUUCUUAGAUCUAACCAACAGCUCUGCUUUACUUACUUUCAGAAGGAGAAACCUUAAUAUCUCCAAGAUUCCAAUGAAUUGCCAAACACUUCAUCAUCAUCUAGUUUCCCAGUCGAGACAAAUGCUUGUUACCCUAUAACGCAGCCAGAGAUAAUUUUUGCCAUCUAUGCUACUUACACAAUUUAAGCAUUUUUAUUGAUGGGCUGAAAAUGAUUUUCUGCAUAUGCGCAAACGAGAAAUUAAGAUGAGGAAAAUUGACAGCACCAAAGUACGGCCCAUGAAAUCUGAGCAGCUUCUCCGUAUAGAGGACCAUGAUUUUGCAAUGAGACCUGGCUUUGGAGGGUCACCAAUACCAGUGGGCAUUGAUGUGCAAGUGGAGAGUAUUGACAGCAUUUCAGAAGUUGACAUGGACUUCACCAUGACUUUAUACCUCAGACAUUACUGGAAAGAUGAGAGGCUGUCAUUUCCUAGUACCAGAAACAGAAGCAUGACUUUUGAUGGAAGACUAAUAAAAAAGAUCUGGGUACCUGAUAUAUUUUUUGUCCACUCCAAAAGAUCUUUCAUCCAUGACACAACUAUGGAGAACGUUAUGUUACGUGUCUACCCAGAUGGAAAUGUGCUCUUUAGCUUACGAAUAACAGUUUCUGCCAUGUGCUUCAUGGACUUCAGUAGGUUCCCACUUGACACUCAGAACUGCUCUCUAGAACUGGAAAGCUAUGCCUACAAUGAAGAAGACUUGAUGCUGUAUUGGAAGCAUGGCAAUGAAUCUCUUAGCACAGAUGAGCACAUUUCCCUUUCCCAGUUCUUUAUUGAAGAAUUCAGUGCUUCUAGUGGGCUAGCAUUCUAUAGCAGUACAGGUUGGUACAACAGACUCUUCAUAAACUUUGCCCUGAGGAGACAUAUUUUCUUUUUUGUACUACAAUCCUAUUUCCCAUCUAUGCUGAUGGUGAUGCUGUCAUGGGUCUCAUUUUGGAUCGACCGAAGAGCUGUUCCUGCAAGGGUAUCACUUGGUAUAACUACUGUGCUGACAAUGUCAACUAUAAUCACAGGAGUAAGUGCCUCAAUGCCUCAGGUGUCUUAUAUCAAAGCCGUGGAUGUAUACUUAUGGAUCAGCUUUCUCUUUGUCUUCCUGUCUGUCAUUGAAUAUGCAGCUGUAAAUUAUCUCACAACAGUGGAAGAAAGAAAACAGCUGAAAAAGAGAGGAAAGGCUGCUGGAUUGUAUAAUAUUGAUGCAGUGCAAGCGAUGGCCUUUGAUGGCUGCUAUCACGACACAGACACCACUGACAUUGACCUGACCACCUUUUCAGUCCCUUCUGAAGAAAGUUCAACACGAGGGCAAGCACCCAGCACCCCCACUCUAGAUGCAGCUCGCAUCAAGAGGAAGAGAUCCUUGAAAGGGAAUGUGGGCAGGAUUAUUUUGCAGAACAAUCAUGCCAUUGACACAUACUCCAGGGUUAUAUUUCCUACUGUAUAUAUUGUAUUCAACUUUUUUUACUGGGGUUUGUAUAUAUGAAUGAUGAUAACUGAUAUAUUUUUCAUAUGAGCACACCAGAAAUGCAUAGUAAAAUACACAUGCCAUGAUCUGUGUAAGCAGAGAUGCUUUAGAGUUUGAACAAGAGUUUCUGGUACCCAAAUAACAGGUUUUUCUCCCUGCUUGCAAAAUCUAUUAUCUAAAAUGGAAGUCCCAAUGGCUCUGAGUUUGUUAUGCACUCUGGGCUAUUAUUCCUAAAUGAUGAUAGGUGGUUUUAAGCUAGUUUGUAUGACAGCAGUGUAAAAUACCUAUUUCUGCUGUGUGAUGCACAGGAUUGGUAGUUAUGCAGCUUCCCACAACGCAGCCAUCUAGCUUACAGAACUAUUUUAAAGCUGCCAAGAGUGGCUAGACCUACAUCAUACAUAAAUCUUCCCUGCCUCUGCCAACGUGGCCCACCACUCCCACCUAUGAUCCAGACUAGUGCUAUACACUCAGCACUAGGAUCUUUCUCCGAAUGAUUUCACUCUUCACAUUGCUUCUUGCUUACUUAAAAAAAAUAUAAAGCUCAGUAGCCUUCAUUCUUGGAUGAUUGAAGCUGACUAGGAGCUGACUUAGGAAGCUGAUUAGGAGGAAAAUUAGUCCUGGUGCUGGAGAACCUAAUCAUAGACAGCCUGAUUUGUUAUAAUAGCAGCUGGUAUUCUACCCAGCCAUUGGAAGGUGCACGUUGUGGAAUAACCACAGAUAAUCAGUUCUAAUUGAAGGCUCACAACAGGAAACUGGUAGAAAUCUCUGAAAUAGUAACUAGUAUAAAUGCUAUUCUGCUCAAUUUAAUUAAGGCCAAGUAAUUUCAGUCACUGCCAUAUCUAUAAAAAAUAUGGUGGCAGCCAGCAGUAGCUUUACAGUCCAAUCCAAUGCAUGUUUACUCAAAAAUUAGCUCCAGUUGUUUCAUUGGGACAUUAUUCCAUAUAGGUAUACAUAGGACUGCACUCAAAACUACACAUUGCAUGUAUUCUGUUCUGGACCAAAGCAAUCUAGGGAGACUGCAAGUUUAAGUGAAAAAUGGCAGGCAUAGUUAUAUAGGGGCUAUUUAACCCUUCUUCCUCUGAUUAUUUUUCCAUUCCAAUUAUCCCAAGUGUUUUUUUCAAAGGGUGGGGAAACAUCUAGGAAAUUAUAAAUGAAUAUGUGUCCUGUCCUGUUUGAUUAGUUGACUGAGAAACUCUCCCAUUAUGCUACAAAAUGGAUCGUUUCCUCAAAGAAUACUGGCCCUUAAAAAGGUCAUAAGGAGGCUGCAAGCACCUGUCGCUAAGUAGGGAGAAAUCCUACAAAACAUGUGAACCCCAGAUGUAAAGUGGAAGAUUUUAUGGUUUUUUACAUUUAAGUUCUUGUGAACCUCUUAUCUCCUUGACACCUCUUUGAAAACCAUGCUGGAAAAUUUUCUCUUUCUUGCUUCUGAGCAAAGUCAAAGAUCCCAUAAAAGGUAUUAAUCAUACAAUACAUAUCAGAAUAGAACUGCUAUUAAGUUUAACCAAAUUAAUUGCAACUUUCCUAUUCUUUGGGCUCAUCCAUCCUUACCUUUGCUCCGUGCUUUCUAGGUCCAGCUUUCCAUGGAAAACCCAAUUGCUAUUUGCUCCGAUUCAGCAGUAAAACGCAGGCCUUGCUCGGUAAAGCACUGGGACCAAAAACACACACCAUACACCCACAAACACACUCUGACACAGACCUGGAAAGUUGAGAGCUGGGCCUAGAAACAUGGCAUAAUGUUGCAGGGUAACAAUGAAAUGAAGUGUGACUGAACCCUUUGUUGCAAUCACUGUAUCACACACACAGGAGCACUCCCAUUCAUUGUAAUGGAACUACUCUAGGGAAAAUGAUUUGUAGUUUUGCACUUCUGAUUAAUGUUUUAUAAUUUUGCAAUUCAAUGUGCAGUACGGAAAUAUCUGUUGAUAAAAAUAUAAAAAUAUAUACAA